CAAACACUUGUGUCGAAUUUGGCUUGCCAUUUCGCAAAGUAUGUGGACUGAACAUCGAAAUCCUGAGGGAAGAACAUACUGGUUCAAUACUGGCACUCGCGAGAGUGUCUGGGAGAAGCCAGAUGACUUGAAGACUCCAUUUGAGAAAGCUCUAGGCGAGACAAAAUGGAAAGAAUAUUUCUCUGGAGGCAGGAAGUAUUAUUAUAAUACCGAAUCCAAAGAAUCAAAAUGGGAUAUGCCAGAUGAGCUCCUCCUGCUCCUUGAAAAAGUCGAGAAAGAGAAACAAAACAGCCAGCUUGUAGUUGCAGGCUCCAUUCCCGUUCCGCCUGCUCCAAUUUCUGCUGCGGCAGCCCCAGCGCAAUCUGACGGCACCGUAGCCCUCGCAGGCUCGUCUGCCGCGCUCCCCUUCAGUAACACAGGCGUUCUUCCCGCACGGCCGAACCUUCCGGAUGACCCUGCCAUUCCUCACAAUGGUUUCGCCACCUUUGAGGAGGGCGAGAAAGCUUUUAUGCACCUCUUGCGCAAAGCAGGCGUAGACGCGGACUGGACAUGGGACCAGACUAUGCGCACCAUCAUCACAGAUCCGUUGUACAAGGCUCUCAAUUCCCUAGCUGAAAAGAAAGCCAGUUGGCAGAAAUACACGGAUGGUCUGCGUCAGAAGGAAGAAGAAGAGCGUGAAGCACGGCUAUCGAAGCUCCGCCCAGCAAUACGUAACAUGCUCAAGGGCAACCCAAACGUGUUUCAUUACACUACAUUCGCCACUGCCGAUAAACUGUUCUCGCAACACCCCAUCUGGCAACAAGCUCGUAUCGAGUCUGAGCGAAAGCUCAUAUUUGAGGAGUACGUCGCAGAGCUCAAGCAACGUGAAGUGCAAGAAACCCGUGCUGCACGUACGCGUGCGAUAUCCAAAGUCGUGUCUCUUUUCAAAGAACUCGAUGUAGACGUCCUCACACGUUGGCGCAAAGCCCACGAAAUGGUCACCGAGUCCCCCGACUGGCAGGCUGACUCCGAGCUGCGCAAGCUCCCUACGCUCGACAUCCUCCUUGCGUUUGAGGAUUACUCGCGUGUCAAAGAGCGCGAGUUCGAAGAGCAGAUGCGCCGUGCACAAGUUGAGAAGACGCGUGAGGAGCGCAAAGCCAGAGAGGGUUUCAAGGGACUGCUGCAGGAGCUCGUGGCGGCUGGCAAAAUCAAGGCGCGCAGUAAAUGGCGCUAUGUUUACCCGACUUUUGCUUCUGAUCAGCGAUAUCUCAAUAUGCUUGGCAAGCCUGGAUCGAAUCCUUUGGAACUUUUUUGGGAUGCUGUCGAUACACUUGACCAGAAACUCGAUGCCAAGAUCGCUGUUGCUGAGGAGUGUGCUAGGCGCGGCGAUGACCCCAAUGCCAUGGACGUAGUGAAAGGCGAUAAAGAGAAAGAACAUGUCAGCGCGGUGAGCGUGCACACGACAUUUGAAGAGUUCAAAGCUCGCGUGAGAAGGGACCCUGACAGCGUAGGCAAGCUAGGGGAAGAUGAUUUACGCGAGGUGUACGACACGGUCCAUGACCAAGUCGUGAAGAAGCAGAAUGAGGUUCAACGUCGCACAGAGAGGAAGCAAAGGCACCUACAAGAUGAUCUUCGCUACGCGAUGAAGAAACUUCCUGAGCCGCUUGACAUCACGUUAUCCUAUGAAGCUGCUGUUCCUCUCAUUGAGAACCUCCCGGAGUUCAAGGCCCUGGAUGACGACGAGGGUCGACGUUCAGCCUUUUCAAAGUUUGUGAAGCGGCAGAAGGAACGCAUGCGCGAGGCUCCAUCGGAGGAUGGUGCUUCAACCACGAGUAGGCGCCGCAAAGAGCCUGAGCGCGAACGUGAGCGGGAUCGUGAUCGUGACCGCCGCGAUGACCGUGACAGAGAGAGAGACCGCGAGCGAGAUCGUGAGCGUGACAGGAGCUCCAGACAUCACCAUCGCGAGGACCACGAUGGGUAUCAUGGGCGCGACAAGGACGGGCAUGGCGAGCGUGAGCGGGAAAGGGACCGUGAGCGUGACAGAGAGAGGGACCGCGAACGUGAGAGGGAGAAGGAGAAGGACAGGGAGAGAGAUAGAGACAGAGACAGGGAUCGCGAGCACAAACGGCAUGCUCGAGACGAGCGGGAUGGCAGGGAUGAGCGCAAGCGUAGGAAAGGCUCGAGAGAGCGUGGAUAUGGACGGACUGAUGCGCCUCCAUAUGGUGAGGAGGAGGAGGCUGACCAUGUAGGGGAUAAACCCGAACGGAGCAGAGAAGGGAAGCGGGGCUCUGAUAGGGCGCAUAGUGAACGUGCUGAAAAGCGUGCUCGCUAUGACCCUGACAUAGAUUCCAGGGAGGAGCGCGGGGAACGAUCCCGGAGAGCGGAGACACCUGAAGAAGGGGAGAUAUGAUACUAACUUCAGGCCAUUGUUUCACGUAGUUUAUCA